CUCAAGGGUAAUGGCCGAAUUUGUGUUGUAAAUGAUGAAUCUUUGUUAUGGCUUUUCUUUGUCCUGUUCGAAUACGGAGAGGAAAGAAGAAGAAAACAUCAGACGUAGACAAAGAUUUGGUGCGCACACCAGGGAUGGGCCGCAUCACAGGGAGUGCAUCCAUCGAGACUUUGGUGAGAGUUGGUAUCGAAAAGGAAAAUGGCCUUGCACCUGAUAGCAAAAUGGUUGUGUUGCAUGACUUCACUCCAUGUGUUGAUGAUGAAUUGGAAGUGAAAAGAGGACAGGUGGUGAAUAUUUUGUAUCGUGAAAAUGACUGGGUAUAUGUGAUAGCUGCUGAUAGUAGGCAAGAAGGCUUCAUACCUCACUCAUACUGUACACCUUAUAACUCACAUCUAGGAGAGCUGGCAUUGAGCAAUGUGAAGAAGAAGCUGCCAAGAGAGCAGAGGACUGGGAAUAGUAAUAGCAAUGGUAGUACAGUGGUUGCAGGCAAUGGGGAAGGAGUAGGAGAGACUGACUUGCAAGAGACUAGAACAAAUGGAGAUAUGUCUGAUUGUGAGAGCUAUGGUAACAAGAAAGUAACUGUGGCAACACAGCAACUGAACAUCACAAGUUCACAAGCAUCACUUCAUAGUGUCUCAUCCUCUCAACCUGAUGUUCACCCUUUCUUUAAGGAUCCAUCAGGUCGCUACAUUGUCCUGUACACAUUCAUUGCUCGCGAUGAGAAUGAUGUGAGUGUGGAGAGAGGUGAAUUUGUGACUGUUCUCAACAGAGAAGAUCCUGACUGGUACUGGAUUGUUCGAAGUGAUGGGCAGGAAGGUUUUGUUCCCAGUGGCUUUGUGUAUCCAGCACAUGUCAUACAAGGACAUUUAAACCAGAGCAAUAAUCAGAAUGUAAAUAACAAUUUUGCAUCUCCUAACAAUGCUCACCUCUUGAAUUCUCCUUCCAGUGAUGACCUUCGUUAUCAUGGUACAGAACUUGUCAUGUUGUAUGACUAUAAGGCACAGGCUCCUGAUGACCUCUCUGUUCGAAGAGGUGACUGGAUCUAUGCAGAUCUCAAUAAUCAGACUGUAGAUGGAUGGCUGUGGGCAUAUGCGCCUAAGACUCGAAAAUAUGGCUUCAUUCCCAAGGCAUAUGCACGCCCUCCAGCUAUGACAAGCCUUUAGCACAAGAAUAGCUAUUGCAGUCACUGUUCAAGCUCUUAGAAUUAAUAUUGCCAAAUAUUGUUACAGGAUUACAUCAUUAUUAUGUCAUAUGGCAAACUCUUGUUCCAAUGAAGUUUGAAGUCCUAUGCUACAAUGUUAUAUUUUUGUUUUCACUUCAGAAAGUAUGUCACUGACAAAUGGCAACAGGCCUUAUCAUUGCCAUCAUUGAGUUCAUGGAUUGAUACAUUUUAUAAAUAUACUUGCGUACACAAGCACUAGUGCAGAAGGUGGAAACUCGUGAUUUUGCAUAAAAAUGAAAAUUAUUUAAUGGAAAUAGAAGCAUAAUUUUUUAUUUUCACAAAGUAAGGUUUUGAAUACUUUGUAAGGAUGGAAGGAACAUGUACAUAAUCAUAUUUCUUUGUGUCUCAUUCUGGUAAGGCCUGCCCUUUUUACCAGUUGUGAUAUUUACACAUGUUGUAUAUGUGCUUUCAGUACAAAACAUUUGCAGAUUGUUAUUUUAUGUAUGCAUCCACUUGAUAAGCAACACUAUCAUUAUGUUACAGUACCUUUUACCAUCACAGCAUACUGUUCCUGUACUGAAAUGAGAAACUGCUCUUCCUAUGUAUUUUUUUGUGCUGUCUGGUAUUUUGAUUGAUUUUUUUCUUUGCAUGAUGUUACAGUCUUAGCUAAUUGGAUAGGAUAUUUUAUACAUGCAGCCAGCCAUGUGUGAGAGGUAAGACUAUAGAUCUUCAUUAACUGUCUUUGAAUGGGUGGCUAAUUUACUAACUGCAGGGUGUAAGGGUUAUACAGUUAAUGUACUAACUGCAGAGAUCUUGGUGUUAAGUGAACAAGUGCUUAGAAUAUUGUGUGCUAUUAAAAGCUCUUGCCUAUAGUGCACACGAAGUGGAUAUAGUUUAUGUGUGAGAUACUGUGUUACUUGUUAGACUUACAUCUAAACUGAUGUCUUUUAGCUUAUGGAUUUUGGGUUUAUAAGUCUCAAAAUCAGUAGUUUGAUUGCCAGCACCAUGAUGAAAUAUUCAUGUUAUUUUGGUGAAAAUUUGAUUGAGUUUCUUUAUUCUUAUACUGAAAUUCAUUUUAUCCCAGAUGAUUCUGAUAUUGAAGUUACAUGUGAUUAAGUAUAUAGUAGUGGUGGUGUUGUAAGAAAUGAAGCAUGGCACAAGAGAGGAAGCAAAGACAGGGUUACAGUAUAUCAGUUCGAUGCUUCCAGUGUGAGUUUCAGUCAUGUUGCUCUGUCCCAUAUCAGUGCAGAUUCUUCACUAUUCCAGAGGUGUUUACUAAUAUUUACAAAUAAUCUUUUUAGUAUUGCUUUGGUACAUCAAGCUGAUACUGGUGAAGCACACUAAAGGAAAAGGAAAUGAAAUUUUGCAACCAGAUAUCACUAUUGAUGAAAUAUAGUAUCAUUUCAUAGGUCUGAUAAUUGUGAUGAAUCACAGUGACUGGGACACCAUAAAGCAGCGAUUUUCAGCCGGUGUGCCAUGGCACACAGGUGCAACACGAAGGGUCCACAAGUGUACCACAGGAGUUUGGGGGAAGGUCGAAAAGCAGAGAGAAAAAUUGAGGAAUAAAAAGAUCAUUGAAAUCCAGGCUCAACAUUAUUUUUAAAAAUAACACUGUGAUUAGAAUUUUAGCUAUUGAACUUUUAAACACAAACUUUUUGCUUGUUUUUUAAUGAUAAAAUCUCUCCUUAAAAAUUGAUGGUGUGCCUUAACAAUGAGUUGAAAAAGGUUGAAAAACUCUGCCAUAAAGGAUUACUGGUCAACUGACAAGCUGUAUUAUGGUUUGUUCUGCUCUGAUGUAUAGAAACAUGACCAGUUUCAGCAUAUAUUGAGAUCUCUGAACAGGAAACCAGGAGGCCAUAGUAUGACAGGUUGCGGAAGCUCAGGAGGGUAUUCAUAUUCCUCAAUAAUGUUCUGUGUUACAGAAAAUUUGACUUUGGGUGAAGUAAUUAUGAAAUUAUAGAGAAGUGUAGUUUUUAGUAGUACAUCACAAAAAUAUGAGAACGAUUUGAAAUAAAAUUAAA